AUGUUGUUGAAAUGUAGUGCGGGAGUUGGCCGGACUGGUGGUUUCAUCGUCAUAGAUGCCAUGUUAGAAAGAAUAAAGCAUGAAAAAACUGUAGAUAUUUAUGGCCAUGUAACUUUAAUGAGAGCCCAGAGGAACUACAUGGUUCAAACAGAAGACCAAUACAUCUCUAUCCAUGAUGCACUGUUAGAAGCAGUGACUUGUGGAAAUACCGAAGUGCCAGCUAGAAACUUUUAUGCCUACAUUCAGAAGCUGACACAAAUAGAAACAGGAGAGAAUGUCACAGGAAUGGAGCUCGAAUUUAAGCAUCUAGCCAGCUCAAAAGCUCACACCUCAAGAUUUAUCAGUGCCAAUCUUCCAUGUAAUCAAUUCAAAAAUCGCCUUGUUAAUAUUAUGCCGUAUGAAUCCACAAGGGUAUGCCUGCAGCCUAUCCGUGUAGUAGGAGGAUCUGAUUACAUCAAUGCCAGUUUUGUUGAUGGCUACAGACAACAGAAAGCCUACAUCGCUACCCAGGGGCCCUUGGCAGAGACCACUGAAGACUUCUGGCGGAUGCUCUGGGAACACAAUUCCACCAUCGUUGUGAUGCUCACCAAGCUGCGUGAAAUGGGCAGAGAGAAAUGUCACCAAUACUGGCCAGCAGAACGGUCUGCAAGAUACCAGUACUUUGUUGUAGAUCCCAUGGCUGAGUACAACAUGCCACAGUACAUCCUAAGGAAAUUCAAGGUCACAGAUGCCAGGGAAGGCCAGCUCGCAACAGUAAGGCGGUUCCAGUUCACUCACUGGCCAGAGCAAGGAGUGGCAAAGUCCGGAGAAGGAUUUAUUGUCAUCGGCCAAGUCCAUAAAACAAAACGACAGUUUGGCCAAGAUGGACCCAUUUCGGUCCACUGA